AAGAACUUAGAAAAAAACUUUUGCUAAGUUUUGCUAAACUGUAAAGAAAGAGUGUCCAGAUAUACAAUAAACGUACGUUUAAACGACACGGUCUUGUAUAAGCUCUUUCAGGCUUCCUCCAGCUGUGUCUUCAGGACAAACAUUUCACCUCUGAAAGUGAUUUCACACACUGACGCUGGUGGGAGGAUUCAACACAAACUGGGGACUCAACGGGAGUCAGUCUAAGCGCACUUUACACCGCUCAAACCCGGGACACCAUUGCCUCUACCAUGAUUUUAGUUAAAUUCGUGUGCGCCAUCAUAACCAGGUCUUUUUUUAUUCUGGUCUCUCUCAUCGGCGUCUGGAGAGUGAAAACAGUGAAAAAUGACAACAUGUACUGGUUACUGACUGUCCUUUACCUUCCUCUGGUCGUGGAGAUGAUCAUCACUUUAAAACGAAGGAAAGGGAAAGACUACAAAUGGUUUUCGCCAGCCAUCCUCUUCUUCCUCAUCAGCAUUAUUCCAUCCAUAUGGCUUCUAGAGUUACAUCAUCAAGAGAACAAAGCCAGUGACCCUCAGUGUAGGAAACUGGACUCUUGGGACAAUGUCAAGAGCAUAUUGCCUACAAACGGCACAAUGGGUGAGGAAACACUAAAGCAUUUGGAGCGCAUGCUCACUUCCGUGUGUCCGAAUGACUGGAUCCUUGGUCUUCAUCAGGUUCUGCUCAUUCUUCUCAUCCUCGGAAAGUGGCUGCUCCCAUUAGGAGGAGGAGUCACGCGUGACGAGCUGUCUCAGCUUUUACUCAUCUUUGUUGGCACGGCGGCAGACAUUCUGGAAUUCACCAGUGAAACUCUUUCUGAUGUCAAGGAGAACAACAAUCAACUGGUGUAUAUAAUCUUGGCAAUGUGGACAUGGAGUAUGUUGCAGUUUCCUUUUCACCUGGCAGUUGUGACGUCCCGGCCGCAGAACUCAGAUGAGCCGAAGGGUGGAAACGGCUGUUGUAACUUGGUCUUGUCAAGACACAGUACAGAUAUUUGGAACAUCGUGGAGAGUUUGUUUAUCCAGGACGGGCCCUUUCUCGUGGUACGUCUCAUUGUGAUGAUAUACUUUGAUGUGUUCCACCAGAUGUUGGUCUUCUUCGCUAUUAAGAACUUUCUAGUGGUCGUCCUCAACCUCUACAGGCUCAUAGUUAUCUGUCAAGAUUUUAAACCACCAUCAUCAUCACUACCAUCUACCUCUCCUCCAAUAUGAAAGAAGCAAAGAAAAUAAGAUUAAAAUGAAAAUGUAGCUUCUUCAAUACAAAUACAUUCCAUUAACUGUGCCAGAUGUUUUACUUCAAACUGGGAUCUGGGGACCCCCCAAGGGGAUGCGAGAGAGUGCUAGGC